AAAAAUUUCAAAAUACAUCCCACCAUACCUCAACCCCACCUUGCGUCUUCUUAUUUCUUCACAUCUUCACAGGCUUUUCGUUUCUUCUCUUCCCAAGAUACCCCCGAGUUUCAUUAUACAGACUCUCUAUUAUCCUUCAUUUCAAUCGUAAAAAUGGGCUUCACCGAUCUUCUGAGCGACGCCGGUUUGGCCAUCCUUAACAGCUGGUUGACCACCCGUUCAUACGUCACUGGCUACGCUCCCUCCCAGGCCGAUGUUGCCGUCUUCAAGGCCAUUACCUCUGCGCCCGAAGCCGCCAAGUACCCUAACGCCGCACGAUGGUACAAGCACAUCGCCUCUUUCGAGGAUGAGUUCCCCACUCUGCCCGGUGACGCUUCCAAGCCCUACACCGUCUACGGCCCUGAGGAGAUUGCCGCCACCCUAAACCCCGCUAAGGCACCUGCUGCCGAGGAGGAGGAUGAUGUCGACCUAUUCGCCAGUGACGAUGAGGAAGAAGAUGCUGAAGCCGUCCGUGUCCGUGAGGAGCGUCUGGCUGCUUACCGAGAGAAGAAGGCGGCCAAGCCCAAGACCAUCGCCAAGUCUGUCGUCACUCUGGACGUCAAGCCUUGGGAUGAUGAGACCGAUAUGGCUGCUCUUGAGGCCGCUGUCCGUGGAAUUGAGAAGGAUGGUCUAGUCUGGGGUGCCUCCAAGCUGCUGCCCGUUGGCUUCGGUAUCAAGAAGCUACAAAUCAACCUCGUCAUUGAGGACGAGAAGAUCUCCCUUAGUGAUCUCGAAGAGGAGAUCCAAGGUUUCGAGGACUACGUCCAAUCUACCGAUAUUUUUGCUAUGCAGAAGCUGUAAACAACUAUCUUCGUUAGAAGACGACAUUCUUGCACCAACACUCAAUGCAUGAUACACGACUUGAGAGCCACAAAGGAUGGCCGAUGAUUGUGAUGAGGUUGGAUGGAUGGUAGGACAUCGGGCUAAUAUCUCUAUCGAGACAAAGUUCCAUAAAGGACAUAUGCUUAGAGUAGAUGCAUUGAAAUGCUAAUAGGAGACUUGCCCUGAUGAACUAUUUAUUCGGACUUGAAGACCUAAGUGUGCGCUUCCGUGUCAAGGGGGAAAUGAGCUGCUACUCUCGAAAGAAAAUUUAUAGUCAAAUUCAUAACAUUCACCCGGUC